GCGUGCUCUGCGGGAAAACAGACACCCGGGUGUCAGGAAAAUUAUCCACAAACAGCUGAGUGCCAACCUGAUCUACCAGCAGAUUUACAGUUUGUUAGUAAAGACAAAUGCGGCAUUCCUCUCACAGGGAGGGCUGAUUUGGGGGUGCGGUUUGCUGAGGGUCCCCCCAGACCCGGGGUGAGUGGCGGAGCCGCAGCGGGUCCGGGGGGUCCCGGGAUCGGCGGAUUUCGGGGGGGUCCCCGGGGCACCCCCACGGAACCGAGCGCGCCCCGAGCGCUUUUGGCCCCGCGGAGCCGCCGUCGCGGGGUCACGUGGGAUGCGCGGGGGCGGAAGUGGCGGAGAUGGAGGGGACGCUGGAACAGCACCUGGAGGAGACCAUGAAGAGCCCGGCCGUGGUGGGCGUGCUGUGCACGGACUCGCAGGGGCUGAACCUGGGCUGCAGAGGGACCCUGUCGGAUGAGCACGCUGGCAUCAUCUCAGUGCUGGCCCAGCAGGCAGCCAAGCUCACCUCUGACCCCACUGACACCCCUGUGGUGUGCCUGGAGUCUGACAAUGGGAACAUCAUGAUCCAGAAGCACGACAGCAUCACGGUGGCAGUGCACAAGCUGCUGUCCUGAGCCCUGCACCAGCUGCAUCCCAGCUCCUCCCUGCACUGCCACUCUGCCUGUGGAGCUCCCCACUGGGGUGGAGGCUCCCAUCCCCUCUCACCAGCUCCUGGGCACCUCCCUGGGUCUCCAGUUUAACCCUUGUGCUGCUGAGGAUGAACUGUGGGCACACCCCCAGCCCUGUAACAAGCAAAUCCUCCCUGCUCUAUGUGGGGGGGCUUCAUUUGUUGGAGAAAUCAAUAAAUGACCUGUAAAAAACCUUC